AUGGCUACGUUCUUCAGAAAUGCGCAACGACUGGCACAUGAGUCACCAGUAAUCUUCUGGUCACUUGCUAUUGGGUUUUCCGGCCCAGCGAUGGUGCUCACUGUUCCCCCAAUUAGGAAAUCAUUUGGAUACAAACAAGCUGAACGAAUCCCCUCGACUUUCCCUGUACCAAACCGACCUCGUCGCUCUGUGAGCGGGUAUGAAGAUCCAUGA